AUGGCGGUCCGCGGCAGAUCGUUCGUCCUCUGUCUGCUCGCCCUGCAGGCCUGCGUCUUGCGAUGCUGCGCCUGGCAGCCACCGUAUCACGCGUUUCAGUGGACGUUCGGCAACAACUAUCUCGAGACUGAGCUCGAGGAAUGCCAGAACAUGACCAUCGUCGUCGAGUCGCUGUCGAGCAACUCGUCGGAGCUGGGUGUGCCGCCGUACUAUCUCAUUGCAUUCGAGCUGGGAGGUGUCCCGACGACGCGCAUGGUCGGGCCUGAUGCCUCAAAGCUCUAUUGGCAGGUUGGCCAUCGAGAAGGAUCGAUGCUGAUGCUAACAAUGGUCGACUCGAAUCACAGCACUGGGGGCGUUUCUCCGACUCUGUACAAUGUGACAGCCGGCAGCAACAGCUCUUGCCUUCCUUCUUCUUCAUCUUCCACCGACAUCGCGCGCAUCACACCAAAUCUCACUUCGUCUCUUUCUACCUGCGAACCCUGGGGCCUCACAAUAACCAACGGGACGAAACCGUAUACAAUGGUAUUGGCAGCUUUGGACUCACCCAUAAUGACGAAUGCGACGAUGGGCAAUGAUGACGAUGUCUUUACGUACAUCGAUCGCGCGAAUCCUGACGGUCAACUGUUAGCUGCUGUAGUGGAUGCCAACGGCCAAUGGGGCUACGCAACUUCUACCAUCAACACGGUCGGCUCGACAAAUAACGACUGCGUCGGGCUGAUCUCCACCUCACAAACACAAGCUCAAAUUGCUGCGGAGGCAGCCGCUCGCGAGCGAGCUGCCGAAGAAGCUGCCAAGCGUCGCCGUGAAGAUACAAUCAUUGGCGUCGUCAUCGGCGUCGGCGGCGCAUUGAUCCUCAUGCUCACUGGCGCUUGGUUGUACAGGCGACGGCAGCUGGCCAUAGCACGCGGGAUCUGGGACGGCCAGGACACGCGCGCGACAGGAUGGGUACCAGAUCCAGACAUGGGCCCGCCGUCCGUGCGAUCGUACAAGCACGUCAAGAACUACUCUACCGACUCGGCCACAACCGCCACAACCAGCAUCCUCCUACUUUCGCGCACGCCGCCAUACGAAGAGCAGCAGGCAGAGAACAGGGUGCUUGAGCGGUCGCCGACGACGCCCGCGCUGCCCCUGCCACUUGCAUCGCCCAACUCGCGGCGGAACCGUAAGCAGCAAGAGGCCUCGUCGAGCACGUCGGACGCGUUUGGGGCGCCACAGCUGCCGAACCUCGCGUUCUCCCAGCUGUCGAUGCCGAUGCUACGCUCGCCGCAGGGACAGACGUACACCUCGCUGGAGAUGAGCGACUCGGACGCCCAGCCGGACAUCAUCAUUCAGCACCGCGAUGGCGGGGUCGUGCAGGAGCUUCCGCCGCCGUACAAAGAUUACUAUCGAGGUACGAGCUCGGGCACUGGCACUGGUUCUGGUUCGAGGUAGGAUGGCCGCGAUGAGAGUAUCUACCUUCUGAAUGGACAGCGAGUGGAUGUGCUAUCUUGGGACAGACGAAAAGUAGCCUUCUUUUCAGUUCUCGUCAAUGAUGGAUACUUCGGUAUGGACGACGGCAUUAAUGUAACAGUGCUGCAUGUAGUUAUAAAUAUACGGUACAUUCGCUUACUCACACAUAUACUGAUGGCAAUGCAAUUAUUAUAAUUUAUCUC